AGACCGCAGUGGGCAGGACGCGGGCGGGGCGCGCGGGCGGCGCGCGGGAUCCGGCGCCCAAAUCCUUAUUGACCGCCCGUGGCCGGCGGGCGCCACCGUGGCGCGGGGACAGCUGCGGGGGGCGGCCUCGGGCGUCCGGCGAUCGAUGGGGGGCCCGGCUAUAAAGCGCGCGCGGCCGCGGCCCCGGCACCGCCCGCACCAUGACGGCCCGGCCGCUGCCGCUGCUGCUGCUGCUGCUGCUGGGGGGCGCCGCGGCCCGGCCCGGCCCGCCCAGGCCCCCGCGGCACUCGGACGGGAUGUUCACCAGCGAGCUGAGCCGCCUGCGCGAGAGCGCGCACCUGCAGAGGCUGCUGCAGGGCCUGGUGGGCAGGCGCAGGACUAACUCUGAUUUGGGGUGGGGGGCAGCGAGCCGGACCCAGAGAACAGCACGGCCUGGCCCCAGCCUGCCGAGGAGCAGGUCCUCUUGCUGUGGACCGACUCGCCCGCCCUGCUGGCCUGGAGGCCGCUGAGGAGCCUGGAGCUGACCCGCGGCCCGAGGCGUGGAGUGCAGGCCCCGGUUCCCGUGCCAGAGGAGCCCGUCCGCCGCCUGUGACGCUGCAGCCCGAAGGCUGAUCCGGGAAGGGGAGGGAGGAAGAG